GCGCAGGAACUUCCUUCCACAGGCAAUCCGCGUCCGCGAGUAACCUCGCGCGAGUUACGGUAGCCCGAUUCUUUGAGAAAACCCUCUCCUCUCCCCCCCUCAUCCAGAAGGACCUGCCACCGUCGUCGAAUUCCAGCCGUCGGUGCCUGGUUCUCUUUAGUUUUCAGAAGUUAAAAUCGCAGAAACAGGAAAAAAGAACGAAAAGGAGGAACAAAAUCGCGAUUUCUGGUGGAUUCGAGCAGAAAUUCGCCGUUCCCUGGAUCGAGAUCUAUCUCGAUCAUUUGCUGGCGUUUUCGCAAAUUCAUCUGUUGAGGUGGUGAUGUUGCCAGUGUUCUUCGGUAAUUUAAUCUAGGAAGCUUCUUAGAGAUAUUACAAACAAUGCGGGGCCAUGAUAGAGAUGAUUUGGAUGAAGAUCUAAAUGAGUAUGAAGAGGAUAGAUAUUAUCAAGAAGAGCAAGGAGAUGAAUAUCAGGGAGAGGAAGAGGAAGAGGAGGAGGAAGAAGAAGAGGAAGAAGAAGAACCUCCAAAACCCACAAAGGAGGAAUUGGAAUAUCUUGCGUUGAGGCAGGAGCUAAAAGAAGCAGUUAGGCGAAGGAUGAAGAAGGAAUCUGCAAAUUCUCUUGGCCAUUCUCAAGAGAAGAAUAAGAAACUUCCAUAUGACAAUUAUGGCUCCUUCUUUGGCCCUUCACAGCCUGUUAUUGCUCGAAGAGUACUUGAAGAAAGCCGAUCAAUUAUGGAAACUCAGCACAUUCAAGCCAAGAAUCCGAGUUCUCAUUCUGUUAGCAAAAAGGGCACUGCUUCAACAACCACUGAAACGAAGUCCAAUGAACGUUACCGGCCACCAAAGGUCGUCAAUGAGGUAAAGAUGAAAGUUCAGCGGCUCAAGGACACACGGGAUUACUCUUUUCUGCUAUCCGAUGAUGCAGAACUUCCUGCUCCUUCAAAAGAGCCUGCCUCUCGAAAUGUUUCGGUUCUGAGUUCUGAUGCCCGAUCGGCUCAGGUGCCAUCUAAGAACAGACCUUCGUCAAUGAACAAGCCUUCAUCAAUGAGCAAGCCUUCACCAAUGAGCAAGCCUUCAUCAACAAGCAAGCCAGCCAGGCCACUUUCUAGUGGCCAUGAAGAAAGGAAAUCUGUUGCCAAUGGCCGUGAGGAUAGGAAAUCUGUUUCCAGUGGCCGUGAAGACAGGAAAUUUGUCAGUGGCCGUGAAGAUCGGAACUCUGUUUCUAUGAAUCGACAGGUGCAGACUAAGGUGGCACACCCAAAGGCUGCUUCUGUGAGUAGGCCCGAGCAGUCCUCAGCUGAUCCAAGAAAACUGCUAGGUAGUAAUCAUGGAAAUGGACCCGGUCGGCCUACAGGAUCAAAAGGCCCACUUCCAAAGGCACCAGCUACAGCAUUGGAUAAGAAGAAGACUUCUGCAGUGGGCACAAACAGUUCUGUUCCUGGCAAGCAGAAAACUCCUCAGUUUAAGUCACAUUCUUCCUCACAAAAUCAAUAUGCAGAACAAAAAAGGGUACCCCAAAGACCAGAAAAGUCUAAGAUGAUGUCCAAGCAACCGGUGUCUUCUUCAAAACCUCAGGUCAAGCCUCCUAAGCAAAUUCCAUCGCGUGCUAUCCAAGAGGCUCGUCCAAAGAAGAGGCCUGUACACAAUUACUCAGAUGAUGAUGAUGAGGAUGCUGCAGCUAUCAACAUGAUCAGGAGCAUGUUCAGGUAUAAUCCUAACAAAUAUGUUGAUGACGAUGUCAGCGACAUGGAGGCCAAUUUUGAUGAUAUAUUAAAAGAAGAGAGGAGAAGUGCCAAAAUCGCUAGGGAGGAGGACGAAAGAGAAGCUCGCCUAAUCGAAGAGGAAGAAAGACGUGAGCGGUUGAAAAAAGAGGCGAAGAGACGCAAGCUCAGCCAGAGGUGACUGGUAAAUGACAGAAGCAAAAAGGGCCAUUCUUUUAGGAUUGUCUUUUGGUCAACAUGGUUAACUUCAUUCUAUCUAUUCUGAAUUGGUUUCUGGGAGCAAUGGUCGAUGCUUGCACCCAUUCAACUUCUAUACUUUUCCUUCUUUUCUGGAGGCGGCACCUCACCGACUUCAAAACUGAAGGAAGAAUUUAGAAAUAAAAUGAGAGAGGCACUGAAGUACUCUUGAGCUAUAAUCCAUUGCUCUGAAAGAUUGCAAGAAGGGCAGCAAAUAUCUUGAGGUGCAUCAUCUGCCUAACUGUCCUAUGUGCAGUCACAUAGAAGAUCUCAGGCAUAUUUUGGAAUCGAGGGUUGACCGUGUAUAACAUUCUUUUGCGGUGGGGAUUUCAUGAUAAUUGGGUCUGUGUUCUCGCCAUUUACCAUAAGCAAUUUUAGCUUGGAAGGGAACAGAGCUACAACAAUGGGAGAGAUGGAAUUGAUGGAUCUGGUUUUGUUGCAUGCAUCUUGUCACCACCAGAGGUGUUUUGCCGGAUGAGUAGAUUCGUGACAUUAAUCCCUUGAUUAGAUUUGUGUGAUGGUCCACCAUCUGGACGAUCUUAACUGUCGUGUAAAUGUACAUUUGUUGGAUGCAAACCGACGAUCACCUUUGAUUUAAACA